CCCCGCGCGCAGGGGGCUAAGCCACCCUGUGGGGCGGGGAGACGCUCCGAGCACAGGGGGCCCGGGGCUCCCUGCUGCUCUCCCGGGGGGGGGCUCAGCCCCUCUCACGGGAGCGGAGGUUUCGCUGCGCAGGCGCUUCGUUUUCACCCCCCGACCAGAGUUUGUAUCUGUUUGGAGCCUGUUCCCGUUAUUAAACCGCAGCAGGGGCCAGGAAAGGGGGAGCCUUAGGGCAGCGGUGUCAUAUCGCCACCCUGAUUUCAAGUGUAGUUUAGCGUCUCCUGUUGCUCUUGUGAAGGCAGCAUAGACCCAGUAAUAAAAAUGUCAGCACCAUCAAUGGAGGAAAGGAAGGCUUGCUGGGGAGCCAGGGAUGAAUACUGGAAAUGCUUAGAUGAAAAUAUGGAAGAUGCUUCUAGGUGUCAGAAGCUUAGAUGUUCUUUUGAAUCUAGGUGUCCACAGCAAUGGGUAAAAUACUUUGACAAAAGAAGAGACUUUUUAAAAUACAAAGAACAGCUUGAAGCAGGAGAAUAUCAGCCUCCUGGGACUACUGAAAAGUCAUAGCUACACAUCAAUUUAUUGAAACACAAUCAAUGAAAGAAUCUUAUGGAAGAGUAAUCUUAUGGAAGAGAAGUACUGAAAGAGGACAAGAACUCCUUGAGUUAAACCUAACUGGUAACCUGUACUGUAUCGCUAGAAAUUCAUGCUGCUUUCCUUGUUGCAAUGUCUCGCUUUUAUGCGAGAACAGUAAUUAAAC